GUUUUAAUCUCGCUCCUCAGUACUAACAUGGACUAAUCUGUGGAAGCAGUUUAUUCCAGUGGCACCCAGGGUGCAGCCACACAAGGGGCUGUGUUACAGGGUGUUUUUUCUUAUAAAUGAGGCACCUUUUCCUCGUUGCUUCUUAAACACUGUCUGAGAACAUUUACCUUAUAGAUAAAUAGUACAGGGUGGAUAAAUUCUACUUGCAAGAGAACUACUCCCUUCUGACAAGUCCUAGACCAGCCUUCUACACAGACAGCAUGAAAGAGUUCGUGCUCUUGCUGCUCUUGGCUGCGUGCUCCGCCAAACCCUUCCUCAGCCCUUCCCACGUGACGCUGAAGAAUUUAAUGCUGAAGGAUAUGGAAGACACAGAUGACGACGACGACGACGAUGACGAGGACGACAACUCUCUUUUUCCAACAAAAGAGCCAAUAAGCCCAUUUUUCCCAUUUGAUCUGUUCCCGACAUGUCCGUUUGGAUGCCAGUGUUACUCACGGGUUGUGCACUGCUCUGAUCUAGGUUUGACCUCAGUCCCAAGCAACAUUCCACCUGAUACGCGAAUGAUUGACCUUCAAAAUAACAAAAUUAAGGAAAUCAAAGAAAACGACUUUAAAGGACUCACUUCACUUUAUGCUCUGAUUCUGAACAACAACAAGUUAACAAAAAUUCAUCCCAAAACCUUUCAAACUACAAAGAAACUUCGAAGGCUCUAUUUAUCCCACAAUCAACUAACUGAAAUCCCACUCAAUCUUCCCAAAGCAUUAGCAGAACUUAGAAUCCACGAUAACAAAGUUAAGAAAAUACAGAAGGAUACGUUCAAAGGAAUGAAUGCUUUGCACGUAUUGGAAAUGAGUGCAAAUCCUCUUGAAAAUAGUGGAAUAGAGCAAGGGGCAUUUGAGGGGGUGACAGUGUUCCACAUGAGAAUUGCUGAAGCCAAACUAACCUCCAUUCCUAAAGACCUACCAUCAACCUUACUGGAACUCCAUUUAGAUUUUAAUAAAAUUUCCCUUGUGGAACUUGAGGAUCUUAAGCGAUACAAAGAACUACAAAGGCUGGGCCUAGGAAACAACAGAAUCGCAGACAUUGAAAAUGGAAGUUUUGCUAACAUACCUCGUGUGAGAGAAAUACAUUUGGAAAAUAACAAACUUAAAAAAAUUCCUUCAGGAUUGCAGGAGUUGAAGUACCUCCAGAUAAUCUUUCUUCAUUCUAACUCAAUUGCCAAAGUGGGAAUAAAUGACUUCUGUCCAACAAUACCAAAGAUGAAGAAAUCUCUCUACAGUGCAAUAAGUUUAUUUAACAACCCAGUGAAGUACUGGGAAAUACAACCUGCAACGUUCCGUUGUGUUUUGAGCAGAAUGAGUGUUCAAGUUGGGAACUUCAGAAAGUAACAAUGAUGUCAGCUCAACAUAAAAUUCAAAAAUUCUUUCAUUUGGAAUACUUGAAUGCAUUGGUAAUGGUAGGAACACAUCCCAUACGGUAAAUGACAAAAAAUUUCAGCAGAAUUUUGCCAUCUAUUGAUACAUAAGGAUUAAGAGAAAUAAGUAUCUAUUGUAGUUUUCUUCUGCAUAAAAUGAUUGUGCAAACAUCUCUUGCUUUACCAUUUCUUUCUCAGUAAAAAUUCCGUAUUUAACCCUUUAUCUAGUGCAUCUUAAAAACAACUGUACUGUAAAUGGAAUUACCAACUUAGAACAUGUGUGCUUUUUAAUUGCUAGAAAAAUAAAAUUGACAAGGACAGCUAUAUGAAGAGAAUAUUAUACUAUUCCUAUUCUUUAAUAACUUUAGUACUGUAAUAUUUCUAAUCAUGGUGAAGUUAUGAUUUAAGAUAAUCAUAAUGAAAUUCUCAUGUGUUAUAGCCUGUCUUUCAUGUUUAAAACUAUCUUAAAUAAAACUUAAAGUAUUAAACCAACUCUACAGACACUAUUAAUAAGAGUUGGUUUUGAAGCUAAAGCAGUUUUCUUUAUACAAUUAUUACCUGAUUCUAAAACCUUUGUAAAAAUUUGUAGUGAGUGUUUAUAUAAAAUGUAACUCACAUUUUUAUUAUCAGUUAUCAUAAGCCUUUAAUAGCAUGUCAGUUAUUAGGUUAUAGAACAAUGUCACCUCAACUCCAAGGAGUAUUUUCAGGGUGUCCCCUUGGAAGAUCUAGCUCAGAAGGGUCUACAUGCUAUGAAUUCUGUACUGAUUUGUCUUUUCAAAUAUACACAGACUGGAGAACAAGAAACAUAUCUGAACUGGUACAACCUCAAAUAAAACAGACAAAAGCUGAAAAUUCUGUACAAAAGUCAUAAGUAGUCUCAUUUGUAUUUUUUAUUGGCAUUCUAACUUAGAAAAUAAGGAAAACAUCAUUAAAAAUAUGUUUGAAAUAAAAGAA